UCGGCCAAGGGGGCAUUUUCUAUGGGAGCCUCGGUGACAGGACAGGCUCACGAGGGAGCUCAGCUCUAUAAGCAUGAAGGGGAGCCCAGCUGACGCAUCUCGGCUCCAGUGACAAAGCAUCAAGGGUAUAAGAAGUUAAGCAGAAGGCAGGUCUUGUCAAGCGUUGGCUACCAUGGUACAUCUCACCGCCACUCCUAAAAGCGCACUAGAGGAUUCGCCUGUGACGAUUUAUGCCUCCGGCCUGGCUCCCUCCCAGCUGGUGACACUACAUGCAUUGCUGACCGAUGAAAGUGGAGUGAAGUUUGAGGCUGCUGCCUUCUACCAGGCAAACGACGCAGGGAUAGUGGAUGUGGAGCACGCCUCUGCUCUGGGCGGUAACUACACAGGUGUGUGGCCCAUGGGCCUCUUCUGUACCCUGAAGCCGGAGAAGAUGUUCCACAGGCUGAUAAAACGUGAUGUGAUCAACAGCCCCUUCCAUGUCCAGAUCAACCUCUUUGACUCUCCGACUCUGUACAGCUUACCUGGGGUGGCACCGCUGGCCACUUGUACAGUGGAGAGAUGGUAUGCGGUCCCUGGAAUGGAACGUUUCCCGAUCAAGACAGGCCGCAUUCGGGGGACCCUUUUCUUGCCUCCAGGGCCUGGGCCAUUUCCAGGGGUGAUUGACAUGUUCGGUGGGUCUGGAGGUCUCUUUGAGUUCCGAGCUAGCCUACUGGCUAGUAAAGGCUUUGUUGUUCUGGCUCUAGCUCUCUUUGCAUUUGAUGAUCUGCCAAAGAAACUGGCAGAGGUGGACCUGGAGUAUUUUGAGGAAGCAUGCAAACUGCUCUUAAAACACCCUAAGGUAAGAGGCCCAGGACUUGGAGCCAUUGGGUUAUCCAAAGGAUCAGAAAUCACACUGGCCAUGUGCACCUUCUUGGAGCAAAUAGUGGCUGCCAUUUGCAUCAACGGUGCCACGAGAAUUACAGGUGCACCACUCCGCUUUCAUGAUGUCCAUAUCCCUGCUGUACCCUACAUGUCAGAGAGGACUCUUAUCAAUGACAUGGGGGUGAUGUCCACUUUCCAUGUCUUUGGAGAUCCUGAGGAUGAAAGGCAUCAAGCCUCUGCCAUCCCUCUGGAGAAGGCCCAGGGCCAUGUGCUCUUUGUGGUGGGAGAAGAUGACCACAGCAUGAACAGCAAGUUGUUUGCAGAGACAGCCAUAGCCAGAGCAAAGCAGCAUGGGAAAAAUAAUUGCACCUUGCUGUCUUAUCCAAAGGCUGGGCACCUAAUACAAACCCCAGGAUGCACACUUUGUUGCAUCUCUCCAAUUGGGGGUAAACCUUUAGUGUGGGGAGGUGAAGCAAAGGCCCACGCCAAAGCCCAGGAGCACUCCUGGAAGGAGAUCCAGAAAUUCCUUGAACUUCAUCUCGGCCCAGCUGGAAGUAGUAGUUUGUGAUGUCAGAAGUAAGACAGGCUACAUUGCCUCUUGAUCAACUAAAUCAACCCCUAGAUAGGAGACAGCCUGAGUGAGAAUAUCCCUGUCAUGUAGCCUACUGUAUCUAUACAGUGCACAUCAAAAAUACAACUUUGCAUUAAAGAUGAGACAUUGUUGCAGGUCUCUAGAAAUUGCAUUCAAUCUUCUGUCUCGUAUUUCUAUAAAGUUGCUUGGUGUCUCUCUUAUACAAUUACCUAUGUGUAAAAUGAGGACAAUAAUUUUAUCUUUCACCUUCUCUAUCGUAUUUUCUUAUAUUCUGAACUGUCCAGUCUGAGCGGAAUCUCAACCCCUGCUAGGCCAACUCAUGCAGUAUAAUAUGAAAACUAAAACUCACCACCACUACAAAACACAAAGAUGACUGACCAUAACGAAGAGGAUUAAAAUAAGGAGCAUAUCUGUGAUCUUGCUGUUAAUAUCUUCUACUUUCCUU